GUCUUGUCGCAACAGUUCGCCGAGGGAUGCGAAUUUAGUUACGAAUUGACGAAAUUCUGAGUACUGUAAUCCAUAAACGUUUGAAAAGCCCGCCGCUGAUCUACUUAUUAACUGGACGUACGUUAAUAUUCUCCGCUAGCUUACCGGUGAAGUUUCGGUAGUAACAUUCACCUGAUACUCAAAAAGACGAUUACUGCGUCCGUCUACGCAGCCGGCCAAAGGAUUGAAGAAGCAAACAUGUCUAAAAUAGACAAGAUGAGUAUCCUUGGGGUGCGCAGUUUUGGGAUUGAGGACAAAGACAAACAAGUCAUCUCGUUCUUCUCUCCCCUUACGGUUCUGGUUGGUCCCAACGGAGCAGGCAAAACGACCAUUAUUGAGUGCCUCAAGUAUGCUACAGCAGGAGAGCUUCCCCCAGGUUCUAAAGGAGGUGCUUUUGUCCAUGAUCCAAAGGACGCCCACGAAACAGACGUGCGAGCACAGAUUCGACUUCUGUUCUCAGAUGUCAACGGAGAGAAAGUCACCAUCCAUCGUUCCAUGUCCUGCACCCAGAAAGCGAAGAACUACUCCUUUAAAAGCUUGGAGCAGGUUAUUACCCGGCUAAAAGAUGGCGCAAAGGUGAGCUUGUCAUCCAAGUGUGGUGAGUUGGACCGUGAGAUGAUUUCCGCACUUGGCGUGUCCAAGCCGGUGUUGAAUCACGUCAUAUUCUGCCACCAAGAGGACUCCAACUGGCCACUCAGUGAGGGCAAGGCGCUCAAGGAAAAGUUUGAUUCCAUUUUUGCUGCAACCAAGUAUAUCAAAGCUCUUGACACGAUGCGUCAGUUGCGUCUCAAGCAGAACAACACUGUGAGAGAGUGUCAGGUGGAGUUGCGCUUCUUGAAGCAGAACAAGGAAAAAGCCCAGCAAAUUAGAGAAAUUGUUGCCAACAAGGAGGCUCAGUUGAUGGCCUCCAAAGACAAUAUCCAGCUGAUUGAAAGCCAGAUUGAUCCACUAGAGAAUCGGCUUGUAGACAUUGACUUAAAACUGGGAAAAGUAAUGAAGCUGGACAAUGAUAUUAAAGCUUUGGACAGCAGGAAGAAACAGAUGGAGGAAGACAACAAGGAGUUGGAGGAAACAAUGGAACAGGUGUUCCAGGGUUCGACUGAGCAGCUGCAGGAGCUGUACCAGAACCACCAGAAGACCGUGAGGGAGAAGGAACGGAGACUGACCGACUGCCAGAAGGAAAUGGAGCGAGCUGGCAGGGAGUGUCUGAGACUCAACAGGGUCAAGGCUGAUCUCUUGGUGGAACAAGGACGUUUACAGCUGGAGGCUGACCGCCACACACAAAACAUCAAAAACCGCGACACUGAGGUCCGUUUAUUGUCAUCCCAAUUGGAGGUGGAGGGUUACGACCGACCGCCUUUCACGACUAUACAGCUUGCGAGCUUUCAUCGUCACGUCACACAGAGACUGGAGCAGGAAAAAGACAUGGUCGCUCAGGUUAUGUUGGACCUGCAAGAAAAGGAGGAGCAGAAACAACAGUCAAUUGAUGAGAUCAGGGACAAGAAGACGGGCCUGGAAAGAACUGUGGAGCUGAAAAGAGACCUGCAGGGAAAGAAGCAGCAAGAGCUCAGGAAUGUCCGCACUGAGUUGGAGAGACUUGAAGGUUCAUCCGGGAGAAUGCAGGAGCUCGAAAAUGAGCUGGGUAAAGCGGAGCAUGAGCUGCAGAGCGCCCUGCAGAUGUCCAAUGUAGAGGAGCUAAAAGUUGAGGUUGUGGAGCUCCAGAAAGAAAAGGCAGAGCUCGACCGAACACAGAGGCAGCUGGACCAUGAGAUGGGACUCCUAAAUAUUCACACGACUGUGCGCACUCAGAUGGAAAUGCUGACAAAAGACAAGAAAGAAAAAGAGGAGCAGGUACGCAAGAUCAAAUCGCGUCACAGUGAUGAUCUGGUGUCACUGCUGGGCCACUUCCCCAACAAAAGGGAGCUGGAGGACUGGCUCUAUGCAAAGUCAAAAGAAAUAAACAGUACCAGGGACAAACUGGCCAAACACAAUAAGGACUUAGCCUCCAGUGAGCAGAGUAAGAGCCACAUCGCUGCCGAGCUGCGUAAAAAGGAGCAGCAGUUGACAAACGAUGAAGAAAAGUUCUUCAAUGUGUGCGGCAGUCAAGAUCUGGAGAAGGACCUCGGUAAAGUUCAGGAGGAUCUGGAAAAAAUCUCCAAACAAAGAGCCAUGCUCGCUGGAGCCACUGCUGUCUACACCCAGUUCAUAAGCCAGCUGACCGAGGAGAGGGAGCCUUGCUGCCCCGUCUGCCAGCGGACAUUCCCGUCUGAGGCCGACCUGCAGGAGGUGAUCAGCGACAUGCAGUCCAAACUGCGCCUGGUUCCAGAUAAGCUGAAAAACACCGAACAGGACCUGAAGAGGAAGGAGAGAAGGCGAGAUGAGAUGAUGACCCUAAAACCGGUCAGGCAGUCCAUUGUGCUGUUACAAGAGAAGGAGUUGCCCGACCUGAGAAAUCGACUGCAGACUGUGAACAGAGAUAUCGAGAGGCUGAAAGGUGAUGCAGAGGAGCAGGAGACUCUGCUUGCGACGUUGAUGUCUGAGGAGGAAACAGCCAAAGCUUGUCAGCAGGACAUCGGCCUAAUGGACAGAUUCCUGAUGGACUUAAAGGAUGUGGAGAGGAAAAUAGCUCAGAAUGCAGCCAAACUCCUGGGUGUAGACAUCACCAGAACCAUCCAGCAAGUCAGUCAGGAGAAGCAGGAGACUCAACUCAAAUUAGAUACCGCAUCCAGCAAGAUGGAUCUGAAACGUAAGUUGAUCCAAGACCAGCAGGAUCAGAUUCAGAUGCUGAAAAGUUGUGUGAAUGAGACCAAAGCAGAGAAACUCCAGCUCAACAGUGACAUGCAGAAGCAGCAGCAGCUGGAGGAGCAGUGUGUCGAUUUCACCACUGAGAUUCAGACCUUAACAAGGGACAUCCGGGAAGCAAAGGAACAGCUGUCCCCGUUGUCCUUCACCCUCGAUAAGAUGCAGCAGGAGAAACAGGAGCUGAUGGAACGUAAAAGGCAGAAACGGGAUGAAGGACAGGAGAAGAUCAACGCUAUUAAAGAGAAAGUAAAGACCAUCACCAUCUUGGACAGGGACAUCAACAAGUAUCUUGAAGAGGGCAAAGAUGAAUACAAGGAGCAAAAAGAGUCACAGCUUCAGGAAACCAACAUGCAGCUCCACGACGCUGAACGACACAAAGAGAAGAUCAGCAAAGAGAUGGCAAACAUCCGACAGGACAUUGACACUCAAAAGGUGCAGGAGCGUUGGUUGCAGGACAACCUGACCCUAAGAAAACGGGUUGAGGAGCUUAAAGAGGUUGAGGCUAAGCGAGAGGCCCUUUGCAAAAACAUAGGCAACAUGAAAGUGAUGCAAUUACGCCAAGAACGACGUGAAGCCGAACGUAAGAUGGAGGACCUGAAGAAGAACCGCAGCAUUGCGCUGGGUCGCCAGAAAGGCUUUGAGGAAGAGUUGCUGCAUUACAAAAAAGAGCUGCGAGAAGACCAGUACAAUAAAGCAGAUGAACUCUACAAAAACAAGAUGAUCGUAAUACGCACGACAGAGCUAGUCAUCAAAGACCUGGAUCUUUACUACAAAGCCCUUGAUCAAGCGAUCAUGAAGUUUCAUAGUCUAAAGAUGGAUGAAAUCAACAAAAUCAUCAGAGACCUUUGGCGCAGCACUUAUCGAGGACAAGACAUCGAAUACGUGGAAAUACGCUCGGAUGUGGACGAGAAUUCAUCUGCCGGAGUAAAACGAAGGCUUUACAACUAUCGAGUUGUUAUGGUGAAGGGGGACACCGCUUUGGAUAUGAGGGGACGGUGCAGUGCUGGCCAGAAGGUGCUGGCAUCCCUCAUUAUCCGUCUUGCCUUAGCGGAGACAUUCUGUCUGAAUUGUGGGAUUUUGGCGCUGGAUGAGCCCACCACCAACCUGGACAGAGAAAACAUCGAAUCCCUGGCACAUGCCCUUGUCGAAAUCAUUAAGAGUCGUUCAAGCCAGCGCAACUUCCAGCUACUAAUAAUCACGCAUGACGAGGACUUUGUGGAGCUGCUGGGGCGCUCCAGUUACAUCGAACACUUCUACCGCAUCCGCAAGAACCAGGACCAGAAUUCUGAGAUCACCAAGUGCAGCAUCAGCUCCCUCUCCUCCUAUCUGCCCUGAGCAGGCCACCAUACGUGUACAGUAACUCCCCUUUUGUUCUGAUAUUACCUGUUUGGUGUUCCACUUGUUUAUUAUAGAAGGAAACACCUCAAUAUACACAAAUGUAAAAGGAAUAAAAAUGUUUGUGAUUUUGGUUUGA